UUCACAUUGCUCCAAUCAGUUUGACAAGUGAAAUAAUUUCGUGUAUUUUGAUAUGUUUGGCGAUUAAAUGUUAAAAUAUUCAUGAUCUGAGUUUAAUUAUAGUUCCACAUCAUAUACAGGUGUAAGGACAAUAAACUACUUCUGUGGACAUUUUGUUCAUCCCAUUCAGCCUUUCAAGAAGGCUUAAACAUGGAUCAGUAGACUUUUCUGCAAAAGGAGUGACAUUUAUUUAUCAAACAUUACAAUAAAAUGAGUAACUCAAAACAACCGUCACAGUAUGUGACCAUAGAAGUUGGGGAUUCUACUUUCACCAUCCUCAAGCGAUACCAGAACCUCCGACCUAUUGGCUCUGGAGCUCAGGGAAUAGUUUGUGCAGCAUAUGACAAUAUAUUGGAUCAGAAUGUUGCCAUCAAGAAGCUGAGCCGUCCAUUCCAGAAUGUCACACACGCAAAGAGAGCGUACAGGGAGUUUGUGCUGAUGAAGUUAGUCAACCAUAAAAAUAUUAUAGGGUUAUUAAAUGCCUUCACGCCACAGAGAUCGUUAGAAGAAUUCCAAGAUGUGUAUCUAGUCAUGGAACUGAUGGAUGCCAACCUUUGCCAGGUGAUACAGAUGGAUUUAGACCAUGAACGCAUGUCAUAUCUUCUCUACCAGAUGUUGUGUGGCAUCAAACAUCUUCAUUCUGCUGGCAUCAUACACAGGGAUCUGAAACCUUCAAAUAUUGUGGUAAAAUCUGACUGCACGUUAAAGAUCCUGGAUUUCGGCCUCGCUCGAACUGCAGGCACAGGCUUCAUGAUGACACCAUACGUGGUUACCCGAUAUUACCGGGCUCCGGAGGUCAUACUUGGCAUGGGAUACAAGGAAAAUGUGGACAUAUGGUCUGUGGGCUGUAUAAUGGCAGAGCUGAUUCGUGGCGGAGUUAUGUUCCCUGGCAGUGAUCAUAUUGAUCAAUGGAACAAGAUCAUCGAACAGCUAGGAACACCUUCCCAAGAGUUCAUGAAGCGGUUACAGCCAACCGUUAGAAACUACGUAGAAAAUAGACCCAAAUAUGCUGGCUAUAAUUUCGAAAAACUGUUUCCCGAUGUGUUAUUUCCCCCUGACAGCACGGAACACCAGGGUUUGCGGUCUAGUUUUUCGCGAGACUUGUUGUCAAAAAUGCUUGUUGUGGACCCAGACAAGAGAAUACAGGUUGACGAUGCCCUCAUGCACCCAUACAUCAACGUGUGGUUUGAUGAGUCGGAGGUCAAUGGGGCUGCUCCCGGUGCCUACAACCAUGCAGUAGAUGAGAAGGAACACACUGUAGACCAGUGGAAAGAGUUAAUAUACAAUGAGGUGGUGGAGAAUGAGGCGAAAGAGAAGGAUCCAUCUAUGCAAAACCAUGCAGCUCCUGUGGGCGCACAAAACAACGAUGUUGCCAUGGACAGUGUUAGCCCUAGUAACAGGGGCAGAUAACCACUGGGCACAAAUAGACUGUGUACCCAUUUUUCACACCAAAACACUUCAGCAUAUGUGAACCUUGUACCUCCACAUGAACACAGUCCAGGGUCAGAAUGUCGACUGGUUACAGAGAGGAAUUAUAUAUGCUUAGUUUUAAUGGAAUAUGGAGAUAAUUGUUAAACUGAUGAAUUUUGAUGUAUUUUAAUGUAAAAAUCCUGUUUUUGUAAAACUUAUGUGUAUAUUUACAAAUAUAAGCAAAUUUAAACUGAAUAAACAGUUGUUAGGACAGACAUUUUAUGUACAUCUAAGUCUGAAAAUAUUCUUAUGCUUAAAUUGAAGUUGUACAAAAACAAGUUCUGAAACAAUUGGACUUCGUUGGAGUGUUGUGUGAAGGGUUGUUGCGUUAGAACUAAUCAUGGUCUUUAUACUGAUGUUAAAAGUUUAUGGAUGACGUUCAAAUUUACUGUUGGUUUGAAACCUUUUAACAUGACUUAUUCCCUUAAUGUAGUGCAAUAUAUUUGUUUAUUUUGAGUAAAUUUUUAUCCUGGUUUUAACAGUUAAGUAAAGAUAUCUAUUAAAAGUUGACAAGUAUUAUUUGUACUACAUUUUUCAGCUGUUAAAAAUUCUGAUCUCUAGAAUUUAAGUCGGGUCAUACAGAAAUAAUUACAUGUUUUACAUAUUCCAUGAACAAAGCAAGUAGUUUUAAUUUUCACAAACAAAACUUUUAAGAUUUAACAUUUAUAUCAUGUUUUUAGCUGUUGAAAUACAUUGUCAGUAGAAGUAAUUUUUAAAAGGUGCCAUAAUAGAUUUAUUGAAGUACUAUAAUAGGGUUAUAAGUACUGUAUUUUGAUCUGGUAUUAUUAAUUUACUAGUCCAAAAAGAGGCUUAAACUUUUUAUCAUGACGAAUCAGAAUGAGGCUAGAAGCGUAGUUCUUCAGUGUGCUGGAUGAUCAGGAAUAUAAUUUUUAUAAAUCAUUUAGAUAAUCAUUGUACAGGUGUAAUAACACUUCUUUCUAUUUUGACUUGAAUCAGUUUUGCUUAUUGAAUUGAUGGUAGAUCAAAAUAGCCUCUCCAAUGUGUUCUGGUGAUAAUUUGUUAGAUUUUGUUUGAUUUUUUUAAUCCCUAGUUAUAAGUUUUAUCCUCAUAAGGGAUUUUCUUAAUUUAUGUUACAAUAUUCAAUCUAAAAAGGGCCCAUAAGUAUUUUGGAUUAAAAUUUUAAGUAGAAAAUUGCCUUUUUUUAAGCCGAACUUAAAGGAAACUAACAAUGGUUGAACAACAAAAGUAUAUAUUUAUGCAUGAAAAUUAUUUAAAUUAUGAAAAAGACUGUUGAAAAGUGAAGAGGAUUUAAAAUCAAUGUCAAAAGUUAGGAAUUUUCAAAUUUCACGAGUUUAAAUGAUUCACUAAGAUGCUUCAUGAAUAUGGUGUUUUAGAUGUAAUUAUUUGGUGUGACCUGAAAUUGAAGCUUGCAAAUAAUGUAUAUAGUCAUUUAAUAUAUUACUGUAAAAUGUAUAAAUUUGUUAUUUGAUUUGUAAAAUACUCACAUGUAUAGAUGUAAAUAUUAAAUAACAAUAUAAUAGUUAACAUUUAAGAAUGAUUUUUGGACUUGUGCUUCUAAUAUACCAUAAACAUUAAGCUCCAUUUAAUAAAUAUAAUACAAAUUUUCAGGCGACCAUAUCAUAUAAAUGUCAGUAUUUUGUUUAACUAUUAGCACUCCAAAUAUAUAUUUUGAGGGCUUAGUGCAAAACAGAUGUAAUUCAUAUUUUAAUAUGGAGUUCAGACCAUCUUGCUUUGAGCCCUCUUUAUGUAAGUUGUGAAUUUUGUAGAUAUUUGAAUUUCUGAAGAUUGUAAAACAUGAGAUGAAGAAAAUCCUUCAUCUCAUCUAUAUAUGUUUUAAGUCAAUUUCCAUUGUAUUCACAAUGCUUGAAGUAACGUAUUUAAAAAAAGAAAUUUUAUGUGUAAAACUUUGUUAAAAUAUAUUCAUAUAACUAUACAAGUCAAAUUGUUUUUUGUCAGAAAAUAUUAGGUAUAAAUAUUGUGUUUGCUUUUCUGUAAAUUGUGCUAAAGCCUUCCAUUUUCAUGUGAUACUUGUAUCAUAAAAAUUUAAAAGCAUAAUAUCAGGGUUUAAAAAGCAAAUAUGAUAACAUUAGCAUAGUUUCUAAUGAUAAAGGCAUCCUAUUUUUUGUUUCUAUACCAAGCUUGGAUCAAUAACACGCCAGUUCAGAAAUACACCCACUUAGUUGAUUAGAAAGCUUCUUUUAUUAAAUAAAAUGUAAAUUUUUCUGGAUUAACAUAUGUACUGCAGGGGUAUUGUAACUAGUGCUCAAAUUUACCUUAAAAGUGACAAGGGGGCUAUGUGUUAAUAGCUUUUGUUUUUAAAUUUGAUAAUGCCCAAUUUUUCUGAUCAUACAUUCCAUGAAUGAUAGGGUUUUGUAUUGAUAGUUUUUUUACACAGUUAGGAUGGAAUUUCUACUCGUUGAAUGAGAACUUAAUUAAUAAUUAAUAAAUAAUUCAAUUUUAAAGGACGUUAUAUAACAUUGUCAUACAGUCAAAGUAUAUGUACAGCCAAUUGGAUUUUUUUUAUAUCUGUAAUAUAUAUAUAUAUAUAUAUAUAUUGAUUUCUAAAAUGCAUAUCAUGCCCUCUUUAAUCAUGGUAUGUUGAAAUGCAUGAACAAUUAUUUAAAAAAACAACAGGCUUUUAAAGGGACUCUCUCAUGUUUUUGUAUACUUUUUUUUAUUGUAUAGCGAAAUUAAGUGUGGCAUAUCAUUAGGAGUGUUUAAACUAGGAUACUGAUGGCUGGAAGCCUUCAACAAAUGUUGUUAUAUGCUCAAAUACUGUCUUUGAAAUCCACGGUUUUGAAAAGCAUUAGUAACAGGAUUCAAUAAAAGGCUGAAAGGUUAAGAUAUCCUUGUGUUUGUGUAUGAGUCCUUGUGGGCAUGAGGUUUUGUUAUCAGUUUUCAAUUUUUCCUUGACUCUGGGUUCGCACCACACUAAAACCAAAGAAGUGUUUUAUAUGCUAAGUGUUUUUUGUUCUGCAAUUUCGGUAUCAAAGAGUAAAAUAGUUAUAAUAUAAAAGUGUUUUCAGAUGCAUUACUAGGCAAACAGUUUUUGGUGCCAAAAUAUGAGCGAGUCCCUUUAUGGUUAUGUUUUAUUAAAAACGUAUUAUAUGCAUUUAUGGUUCAAAGUCAGUUGCAAAUAUGCAAGUCUUUCUUUUUGUAAUCUCUUCAGCUUCUUUUGAAUCUCCUGAAAUUAUUUUUGCUGAUUUGCAAAUCUUCCUGAGUUUGUUUGACCCACUGAGUGUAAAAUAUAGCAGUCCAUUGAUGAUUCAAUGUUUGUUGAAAUUUCAAACGUUAAUUCUGUUAGAAAAAUCAUAUGCUAUUUAACAGAAAUGAAUCAUGUAUCUUAGAAACUUGAACUGAAAUCAGGAAUAGAUGUUCAAAGGAUACUGGGGUAUCUGCCUUAAUAUUUACUGGAAAUGGACUCCAGCUGCCCCUGUUCAAUAACCACCUUAGAAUUUACUUAUUAUUAAAUGCAGAAUCUGAGCAUUUUGAUUGGACUCUUAUUUUUAAUUGCAGAAUCUGAGCGUUUUGAUUGGACUCUUAUAUUUAAUUGCAGAAUCUUAGCAUUUUGAUUGGACUCUUAUUUUUAUUGCAGAAUCUGAGAGUUUUGAUUGGACUCAUGUUUUUAAUAACAGAUUCUAAGCAUUUUAAUUAGACCUUUGUUUUUAAUUACAGAAUCUGAGCAUUUUGAUAGGACUCUUGCUUUUAAUUGCAGAAUCUGAGCAUUUUGAUGGACUCUUAUUUUAAAUUGCAAAAUCUGAGCAUUUUGAUUGGACUGUAAAAUUGGAUAAUGGACUGAAUUGAAUUACUGAGGAAUAUCGAACAAUAAGAAUUAAAUUGAGUACGGACCCUUAUCAUAUUAGCUAAUAGCUGUUUUUACAAUCAUGUGAAAAUGAAGUGCUAUAAUUUAUGACUGUGUUUACUAGUAUAAUGAUGACAUCUAUAAAAUACACAUUACCACAAGUAUUUUUCUGAACUCUGCAACUGGUAUAAGAGCCAAUCACAUAUAUAUAAUUGCUACUAUGAUUUUGGUGCCUUUGAUGUGUGUUAUGUUUAGGUAUUGUCAGGAAUGUGUUUUUGAGAGUCUAUUGAACAUUUUUUGCCGCAUUGGUUUUGUAUGAAUUGUUGUUAGGGCUUUAUCUAUGCACUUGUAAGGUGCAUUUGUACUGAAAGAUUUUUCGUUGGGUUUGUCAUGGAACUGGUAGUUGUAAAGUGAAAAGUCAAAUUAAGAAACAGACUUGUUUUUAUAAAAUCAGCUAUUAUUAUUUGACAAGCCUUGUACGGUGUAUAUGAACCGCGUCAAGCAGAAAAAUGAGGUUUAAAGAAAGAUUUUGUGGUCAAUUUGAACAAGUUUUCUUUAAGAAACCUGAAAAGAACAAAUAACCUUAAAACCACAUAACACCAUGGCAGUGUCCAUUCUAUUUUAAGUCAUAGGAAUCUAUGAUGUCAUAAUUCUUGCUUAUGUCAUAAUUUUAGAAAGACCUUUUUCUGCUUGUCACGAUUCAUUACUUUCUUAUCUAUGUGAAGGUUCAUCACGCAAAUCUUCACCUUCACGCAAGAAUUCAAUAUCUGCUUCCAUCUUUCACCUUUUUGAGUUUUCGCUAUAAGGCGACGAAUUAUGCUUAAAAUAACUGAAACAGGUACUUGCAAUUUAUACAGUAAAUCUUUAACCACUGUAGAUACAAACAGAUAAAACAUUCAUAGAAAUAAUUAAUUGUUAAGUGGUUACAUAUAUUUAUCAUGAUCUAUGUAAGAUCAAUUUAUCUUGGUGUUAUUGGCAAAGUCAAUGAUUAGCCUUACUCAGUUCCUAAGUCUCAUUCUGACUUAAUACUUAACACUUCUCUUUUUCCACAGUUUUUGUUGUUGCUUUUGUUUUCAUUGUAAUGGUUGGUUGUGAGUCAUGUGAUGACACUGGCUGACAGUUGUAUUAUAAUUUUCAUUAUUUUGUUUAGCUCUGACAUAAUUUUUUAUUCGUAGUUUGACAACGGUACUUUAUAAUUUAUCAUUUGUAAUUGACUCUAAAUUUUCUUUAGAAAGGGUCGAAUGUUUUGUGCAAAAAAUGACUGAAGAGGUUUCUUGAAAGGAUACUUGUAUAGUUCCCUAGCCAAUUUUCUAUUAGAGUUUUGUGAAAGAAGUUUUUGGCUGAAAUUUAUGGCUCGCUCAAAGUGAAUUUUAUGAUAUUUUCUAUUGUAAACCAGCUUACAUAGUUUGGUAAAGGAUUGUACAAAGUACCAUUAUUGUAGUAAGGCUUUGAAUUUGUUAAGAUUUAUUCAGUAAGCUUUAUUUUCAUCCAAUAUUUUGUUCUUAAUCUGGAACAGAUAGAUUUGUAAAUCUACCAUUUUAACCAUUUAUCAUUAUGGUGAGACACAUUCACACCUUAUUUGAUUUGUUUCAGAAUACAGCUUAUUUUGUAUUUCAUUAUUGAUUGACCCGUUUACUUUGCUUUCACAAUGUACAUUUGUUUUUUUAUUUUGCCAAACUAGAUGAUAAUACAUUUAAACUUUGUUUACCAAAAAAACAAAACAAACUGCAGUAGGGCAUUGAAUACCAUUUAAUAAACUGGCUAUGUGUUUGAAAAUAUUGGCAGUGCAGCAGAAUGAAUAUUGUUCAACAGUACCGCAAAUAAUACCAUUCUUGAACAUGCAUGUAUCAUUGAUAAAUCAUUUUUCUGGAAAUAUUUCGCUAAGCUAUCUGCAAGGUUACGGACGCGCGUACCUGGGUUUAGGACUGUUGAAGUUUACAUGUUUAUGUCUCUAUGUUUUGUAGUUGUGCCGAGGGUUCUGUAUAAAGCCAUCAUAUGGUGCAUACAGGAAACACAAAAAUAUAAAAAUAAAAAUGAUUGUGGAA